AUGGUAGAAGGAGGUUUCACCAAACUCUUCCAGAAAAGGUCAUUUUUCCACUUUGUGCAGAAAUAUCAGCCCCUUGGGAGCGGCGAGCCGGAAGAGGAGACCCACGAGGAGUGUGAGCUGAAAAUAGUUGAGCAGGAGAAGGAGGUGACAGUUCUGCCCCCGAAAGACGCAUGUAAAUGCCACAAAGAAGACUUGGCAAAAGCUUUAAACGUUGACUUACAGACUGGACUCUCUGAGUUUUCUGUGCUACAGCGCAGGUUAAAACAUGGCUGGAAUGAAUUUUCAGUAGAGAAUACAGAGCCGAUAUGGAAGAAAUAUCUAGACCAGUUUAAAAAUCCCCUCAUUCUCUUGUUGCUGGCUUCCGCUUUAGUAAGCGUCAUCACGAAAGAAUUUGAGGACGCCGCGAGCAUCGCCAUGGCAGUGCUCAUCGUGGUCACCGUGGCCUUCAUCCAGGAAUAUCGCUCGGAAAAAUCUCUGGAAGAACUUAACAAGCUGGUGCCCCCCGAGUGCAACUGCCUGAGGGAAGGAAAACUGCAGCAUCUUCUAGCGCGAGAGCUUGUGCCUGGAGAUAUCAUAUAUCUGUCUGUUGGUGACAGGGUUCCUGCAGACCUCAGACUGAUAGAGGUUACAGAUCUGCUGGUGGAUGAAUCCAGUUUUACCGGAGAAGCUGAGCCUUGCAACAAGACUGACGGUGUCUUACUGGAAGCCGGAGACAUAACCACGCUGAGCAAUGUUGUUUUCAUGGGGACCCUAGUGCGAUAUGGCAAGGGAAAAGGUGUAGUUAUUGGGACGGGUGAAAAUUCACAGUUUGGAGAAGUGUUCAAAAUGAUGCAAGCUGAAGAGACCCCCAAAACACCUCUCCAGAAAAGCAUGGACAGGCUGGGGAAGCAACUCACUCUUUUCUCCUUUGGCAUAAUCGGUUUAAUAAUGCUUCUUGGCUGGUUACAAGGGAAGCAUCUCCUCAGCAUGUUCACAAUCGGAGUUAGCCUGGCGGUGGCUGCCAUCCCAGAGGGCCUUCCCAUCGUGGUCACCGUAACACUGGUGCUGGGUAUUCUCCGGAUGGCCAAGAAAAGGGUGAUCGUGAAGAAGCUGCCCAUAGUAGAAACCUUAGGUUGCUGCAAUGUCAUCUGCUCAGAUAAGACAGGCACUCUGACAGCCAACGAGAUGACGGUGACUCGGCUCGUGACCUCGGAUGGGUUCCAGGCAGAGGUCAGUGGGGUGGGCUACAAUGGAGAAGGAAAUGUUUAUCUUCUGCCAUCAAAGGAGAUUCUUAAAGAAUUUUCCAACGUCUCAGUUGGGAAACUAGUGGAGGCUGGCUGUGUAGUCAAUAAUGCCAUUAUCAGGAAAAAUAGUGUGAUGGGACAGCCCACAGAAGGAGCUCUCAUUGCCCUUGCAAUGAAGAUGGAAUUAGCUGACAUAAAAGAUAUUUAUGUAAGAAAGAAGGAAAUUCCGUUUAGCUCUGAGCAAAAGUGGAUGGCUGUGAAAUGCACGCUGAAAAAUGAGGAUCAGGAAGAUAUUUACUUUAUGAAAGGAGCAUUUGAAGAAGUUAUUCGAUAUUGCACUCUGUAUAACAGCGGUGGCAUCUCAUUAUCACUUACACCCCAGCAGAAAGCCUUCUACCAGCAGGAAGAAAAACAAAUGGGCUCCUCAGGUCUACGGGUACUUGCUUUGGCUUCAGGUCCAGAACUCGGCAAACUAACAUUUUUAGGUCUGGUUGGAAUAAUUGAUCCCCCAAGGGCUGGAGUGAGAGAAGCUGUUCAAGUCCUUUUUGAGUCUGGUGUAUCAGUAAAGAUGAUAACUGGAGAUGCCCUGGAAACUGCUGUGGCUAUAGGACAGAAUAUUGGUCUCUGCAAUGGGAAGCUGAAAGCCAUGUCUGGGGAAGAGCUGGACCAACUGGCAGAGGCAGAGCUAUCAUCCACCGUCAAAAAUGUUUCCAUUUUCUUCAGAACAAGUCCAAAGCACAAACUAAAAAUCAUAAAGGCUUUGCAGAGGGCUGGUGCUGUUGUGUCAAUGACAGGAGAUGGUGUUAACGACGCCGUGGCCCUUAAAUCUGCUGAUAUCGGGAUUGCAAUGGGACAAGCUGGUACAGACGUCAGCAAAGAGGCUGCCAACAUGAUUCUCGUGGACGAUGACUUCUCAACAGUAAUGAAUGCAAUAGAAGAGGGAAAAGGAAUAUUUUACAACAUAAAAAAUUUUGUCCGGUUCCAGUUGAGCACGAGCAUUUCAGCUUUGAGCCUAAUUACUCUGUCAACAGUGCUCAACCUACCAAAUCCACUCAAUGCUAUGCAGAUCUUAUGGAUCAACAUCAUCAUGGAUGGGCCGCCAGCCCAGAGCUUGGGAGUUGAACCUGUUGAUAGGGAUACUAUCAAACAGCCACCCCGACGUAUCACGGAUUCUAUACUCAGCAAAUCAUUGAUCCUGAAAAUCUUCAUGUCAGCUAUAAUUAUCAUCAGUGGAACCCUCUUUGUCUUCUGGAAGGAGAAUCCAAAAAGUGGCAUAACUCCUCGAACCACAACAAUGACUUUUACCUGUUUUGUGUUUUUUGACCUCUUCAAUGCCCUGACAUGCCGCUCUCAGACAAAGCUGAUAUUUGAAAUAGGCUUUUUUCGAAACCGCAUGUUCUUGUAUUCUGUCCUUGGGUCAUUUUUGGGACAGCUGGCUGUUAUAUACGUCCCUCCAUUACAGAAGAUCUUCCAGACAGAGAAUUUGGGAGUGCUAGACCUGCUGUUUCUGACUGGACUGGCUUCCUCAGUUUUCAUUGUGUCUGAGUUCGUCAAACUCUGUGAAAAACGCUGCUGCCACCAACCGAAACACACAAAGGGGUGUCAUAACUGAUGCAAACUUCCUCUAAAGAUACACUUGGAACGGAGCUGUGAUGCUGGAUAAUUCAAAAGCACCGUUUUCUGACGCCACACAUCCUUUCUGAAGAUACUCAAGUGAAUCUGUACCGACAGUCCUUCCUACUCCAGAGUCUGUUCCUUCUACAUGCUCUACCUGAGUGGUCUGAGCUGCCUACAGAAACCUCCGGAGCGGCUCCUGUUUUAAACCAAGAUCAGGUAUAUUUUUAUAACGUUGAUCUAUAUGUCAAGAAUGCUGUGACAGUCCCAGACAAAAUAAAGCAGUUUCACACCUGUACAGAAAAAUCUAUUGUGCAUAAACUGAAAUUCUAUUUAUUUAAAUCAAAAUGAUUUUUAUUAAUAAAAAUCUACAUUUUAAAAUGUUACAGAUAAAGAUCUGAACGAGACUCUUGAUUUAGACCCAUCCUUUUAUAUUAAAUUACAAGAAUGGAAAAGACCUGCUUUCACUAGCACUUCUUCUCCUAUAGUCAAUCUAUAGUGUUUCUAGAUUCCCAGAUAUCUAGCCUUGAUUCAGCAAGACUCUCAAGGAAACUGUGGGGAGAUGCCAAACAAAGAGUAGCGAGCUAAAGUGCCACCCCUCGGCUGUCAGCUUCUGCCGAACACCACAGUGAUUUUUGUGUGCCUAUAUGACUAAUAGGAGCAAAGCAGAAGGCUGAUCUGAUCUGAUCUGAUGCACAGUAGUGGAUGCAUUUAAUGGGGAAGGGACUCGCUUGCACAAGCACAUGAGAAUAAAGAUGGCUCACAUACGUAGCAGGGAUGUUAAGCUUUGCAGUUGGAUCAACAGCUGCAUAAAAGUGAUUGAGAGGUGUUUAGAUCAUAGCUAAGCCCACUGCUGACAAAGGCUUUCUGGACAUUUUUAGAUGCAUGAACACGAAGCACAGAUUGCUUAAUCGUUAGGUUCAGUAAAAAAAAUGUUGAGCCUCUUCCAAGCCAAUCUUUUACAUUUAAAGAACAAUUUUGAAUAAGCCCAUCUGCUGCUUGGAUUAGUAGUUUCCUAGUAAACAAUGCCUCACUGAUACAUUUGGUAGAAGUGCCAUAGUGUCAGUUUUCUUCUUGCCCCAGCUUAAUACCCUCACUUCAAAGUGAAGAUGAAGAGUCUCAAAUAUAAACUUGUCAUAAAACACAAUUUCAGAGGUCAAAAUGCUAUGCUGAUCUUCACAAGAGGAUGUUUAAACAAGAUUAUGUUUUGGAUUCAUAGCCUAGAAAGAACCAGCUAUACUGAUAUUUAUUCAAAAUCAAAGAGAACUUGGCCACUGAAAUACUUUUGGUGAAGAGUAGCUUUGUGCAAUUCACUCUCCCUAGAUAGAGUCUGCAAAGCUGUCUGCUCACUAUUUUUUUAAAAAUCGUUGCAAAUGGUUUCAGUCCUCAAAGAAAAGUCUCUGCCUUGUAAUGGAAGGAAAAGAAAGUCUAGUUGUUUAUUUUAUGUGUAACUGCAGAAAUUCAACUAUGUCUCACUCCUGUAUGCCAAGUAUUUAGUACGCUUAGUCAAUGCCUAAGUGAAGAAUACCUCUGAGGCUUAUGGGGGGAGAAUGUUAAAACAAAAGCCAGCAUCACCACACAUAGAGAGAGCAUCAUGUACUUACUUGCUGUCUAUAUAGCACUCCCUACUUUGUACCAUUUAAAAUUCUUAUUAAAAUAUAAAGAGAAGAAAAUGAUACAAAAGUAUCAGUGUAGUUGUUUUAAUGCUUACAUUUUUUUCCAUGUGUUACAAACUUGGGAGACUAUCUGGUUUAUUUAAG